UAUAUAUAUGGGUAGUAUUUUAGGAAUUAGACAAUAAGAAACUGAAAAUCCAAUAAUAUUGACAACAAAUCCAAGAGAAAUCUAAAAUACUACAGAAUCAAUGAUUUCCAUUCAAUAAAACUAGAUAGACAAUAAUAAAAAUAUAAUAUCAGCCAAGUGCUUUAGAUGUAGUAAAUAUGUAGAAGAUGAUGAUUUUUUUUCAUAAAAUUGUGGAUAAGUAAAUUGUUUAUUUAAAUUUCACAAAAAUUGUUUUUUUAAAGAAUUGUAUGAUUAAAGAAAGAAAAAGGGAUCACUUUAUUAUAAAUGUAAAUGUGGAACUAAAAUUCCUUCAAAAUUCUUACGUAAUUGUGAUGCAUCAAAUAAAAUGGAUUUAUUAUCUACAAUUCAUCGUAGAUAAUUAGAUUUGAUAAUAAAAUAAUCCAUUUUAAGAAAAAAUCAAGAAGUUUUGGAAUAUUACUUUGAGAAUAAGGAGAAAUAUUAUGAAUUGGAUUAUUUUUUAUCAGAAUAGGAUUAACUUAUCUAUAAAGAUACACCAUAAUGA